AUGGCGGACAUGGAAGUCGAUUUCAGGCAGUACGAACUGAGGUGUGAACUUCGCGGCCACGACGACGAUGUUCGGGGCAUAUGUGUAUGCGAUAAUGCCGGGAUAGCAACUUCUUCACGAGACAGGACUGUGAGGUUCUGGACUCCAGAUCCAUCGGCCAAGCACAACUAUACCUCGUCAAAAAUCUUGCUGGGACAUACAAGUUUUGUGGGUCCAUUGACUUGGAUUUCACCGAAUGACGAGUUCCCAGAAGGAGGGAUUGUCUCGGGAGGAAUGGAUACUCUGGUUUUAGUUUGGAACUUAAGUACUGGAGAGUUGGUGCAGACUCUGAGGGGGCAUCAGUUGCAAGUUACUGGAGUUGUGUUGGAUAAUGAGGAUAUAAUCUCAUCUUCAGUUGAUUGCACUCUGAAACGGUGGAGGAAGGGCCAAGCUGUUGAGUCCUGGGAAGCUCACAAGUCACCUGUGCAAGCUGUUAUAAAACUUCCAUCCGGCGAGCUUGUUUCAGGUUCUAGUGACACAACUAUUAAGCUCUGGAGAGGAAAGACUUGUUCGCACACCUUUGUGGGGCAUACAGAUACUGUCCGCAGCUUGGCAGUCAUGCAUGGACUGGGCUUUCUGUCUGCAUCCCAUGACGGGUCCAUUAGAUUGUGGGAAUUGACUGGCGAAGUACUGAUGGAGAUGGUUGGCCACACUUCUAUAGUCUAUUCAGUUGAUUCUCAUUCUUCUGGACUUAUCAUCAGCGGCAGUGAGGAUCGCUCAGCAAAGAUAUGGAAAGAUGGAAUCUGUGUUCAGAGCAUAGAACAUCCAGGUUGUGUCUGGGAUGCCAAGUUUUUGGAGAACGGGGACAUUGUAACUGCAUGUUCAGAUGGAGUAGUACGUCUUUGGACAUCAAAUCAGGAUAGAGUUGCUGACAAAACUGAGUUAGAAUCCUACAUGUCUCAGCUUUCCCAAUACAAGAUAAGCAGGAAGAGGGUUGGAGGUCUGAAACUGGAAGAAUUACCUGGCCUGGAUGCUUUACAAACUCCAGGAACCACUGAUGGACAAACAAAAGUGGUCAGAGAAGGUGACAGUGGAGUUGCGUAUUCAUGGAAUUUGAGAGAACACACGUGGGACAAAAUUGGUGAAGUUGUUGAUGGACCAGAUGAUGCCGUGAAAAGCCCUAUCCUUGAUGGCGUUCAGUAUGACUUUGUAUUCGAUGUUGAUAUUGGAGAUGGCGAGCCUAUUCGUAAACUGCCGUACAAUCGAUCAGAUAACCCAUAUGAUACUGCUGAUAAGUGGCUUCUAAAGGAGAAUCUUCCUCUCUCUUAUCGUCAACAAAUUGUGGAGUUCAUACUUCAGAAUGCUGGACAAAAGAGCAAUCCUUUUGAUCCAUCAUUCCGUGACCCUUAUACUGGCGCAAGUUCGUAUGUACCUGGAGGAACUUCCAAUGUCUCUGGUGGUCCAGCAAAACCUAAUUUCAAGCAUAUCCCCAAGAAAGGGAUGCUUGCUUUUGACGGGGCUCAGUUUGAUGGGAUUGUGAAAAAGAUUACAGAGUUCAACAGUGCUCUACUUUCUGACGAGGAUAAAAAGCACAUUUGUCUCUCAGAACUGGAGGUAUUGAGACUGGGUGCCAUUAUCAAAGUCUUGAAAGACACAUCUCAUUAUCAUACCAGUAAAUUCGCUGAUGUUGACAUUGCUUUACUGCUGAAAUUACUACACUCAUGGCCUCCUACGAUGAUAUUCCCAGUGAUUGAUAUUCUUAGGAUGACUGUCCUACAUCCUGAUGGUGCUAAGGUUCUUCAGAAGCAUUUCAAAGAUGACAAUGAUAUGCUAAUGGAAACGUUCAGGAGAGUUACAGGAGAUAAUCCUCUUGCCCCAAACCUUUUGACCAGUAUCCGUCUUGUAACUAAUCUCUUCAAAAAUUCAUUGUACCACAGCUGGCUGCUAAAGCAUCGCAACGAGAUUCUUGAUGCAUUCUCGAAUGUUAAUACAUCCCCAAACAAGAACUUGCAGUUGGCUUAUUCAACCAUGAUACUUAACUAUGCAGUUCUACUAAUAGAGAAGAAAGAUGAAGAGGGUCAAUCACAUGUUCUUUCUGCCGCUCUUGAGAUAGCAGAACAGGAAAAUCUGGAUGUUGAUUCGAAGUUCCGGGCUCUUGUCGCCAUUGGAUCCCUCAUGCUUGAUGGUCUGGUGAAAAGAAUAGCUUUGGACUUUGAAGUCGAUAAGAUUGCAAAAGAAGCCAAGACGUCCAAGGAUGCUAAGAUCUCUGAAGUAGGAGCUGAUAUCGAAAUGCUAGUGAAGCAACCAUGA